AUGUUCUUCUCGCUGCAAAUAGUAUGGUGCCCCAUCGAGGCAGUCAUCAAUCUCCUAUUGAGGAUCCUGGGACGUCGAGCACGACCCGAAGAAGAUACUGAGAUGGUCAAUCUAUCUACAAAAGCCGAAAGUAUCAACUCAAUCGCAACCACGGCCAAGCAAGAUCCAUCGCAUAUCAAUAUUAUCGAAGUACAGGAAGAUUGCUCUUCAUAUUCAACGGAGGUUAAUCAGUACAAGAGCUGGGUGGAUAGGAAGGUCAACAUUAUGCCGCAGUCAUGA